UUAGAAACAGGAAUCUGGGAAAGUCCUAAAGUGGCUGGGACUCAACCACUCCCUAGGACAUUCCACACAUCAUCAGCGGCUAUAGGAGACCGGCUUUAUGUUCUUGGAGGGGGAGAAAAAGGAGCAGAGCCCGUUAAAGAUCCACAACUUCACGUGUUUGACACAGCCACUUUGACUUGGUCGCAGCCAGAAGUACAUGGUAAUCCUCCCUCACCUCGGCAUGGCCAUGUGGUGGUUGCAGUUGGGACCAAGCUUUUCAUACAUGGUGGGUUAUCUGGUGAUAAAUUUUACAAUGAUCUGUUCUACAUUGAUACAAAGGAUAUGAGAUGGGAAAAGUUACCAGCUGCUGGUGAUGUCCCAGGAGGACGGGCAGCCCACUCAGCUGCUGCCUUUGGAGACCAUCUGUACAUUUUUGGUGGAAUGGACCCAACUGGGGCACUGGAUACAAUGUAUAAAUAUCACAUAGAAAACCAACAAUGGACGCUAUUAGAAUUUGAUUCUCCUUUGCCCCCUGGAAGGUUGGACCAUUCCAUGUGCAUCAUUCCAUGGCAAGUAUGUGUCAAUGUUAAGAACAGAGAUUCAGCUGUAACCAGCAGAAAUACAAUCGGGAAGGAAGCAACUGAAACAGUCAGUGAUGAGGGGGACUCCGAUCAGAAAAAACAAAUAGGAAAAGACUGCACAGAAGACAAAUUGAUGUAUUUGUUUUUAAUAUUUGGUGGGAUGGAUACUCAAGGGGAGAUUCACAGGGACUGUAUUGUGAAUCUGAUUAAGUAAUAAAACCAGAGUACUCAAACUGUCCACUUGUAUAAAUCUAAUUCUUUUUUCAGUGUUUAUAACUGACAAGAUCACUCCAAGAAAUUAAAUUCUGGCAUGAACUGAGUGUUGUGCUAAGAAAAUCUUAUUUAUUAAAAUUCUCUUGUUAUA